AUGACAGCAAAGAAGAUACCCAUAUUAUCUGACGAGGUUACCAUUCCUUGGAAGCUCCCUCCGCGGCCAAGAUAUGUUUUGACAGGAGCCAAUCUCGUUGACCCGGUGAAAGGCCAGGUGUUGACCAACGUGACAGUCCAUCUUUAUGAUGGCGUCGUGAAAUCUGUCAAUGGCAAUCCCGACGAAUGGGAGGGCGAUUCAUCUACGGUAAAGGUCAAUCUGGAGGGGAAGUUCGUGUGCCCUGGCUUGAUAGACUGCCAUGUUCAUCUGAUGGCAGUUCCUGGGACGAAGGGACUGGAAGAGAUGAAAAGGAUGCACCCCUCCGCCUCACUUCUGCGCCAGCCACAGGUGUGUAGGUCCAUGUUAGAGAGAGGCUUCACGACCGUGAGAGAUUGUGGAGGUGCCCUGUUUCCUCUGAAACAAGCCAUCGAGGAGAAUGUGCAUCCAGGUCCAAGACUCUUCAUUGCCGGACACGCAUUAUCACAGACAGGUGGGCACGGUGAUAUGCGUGGGCUAACAGAUAGUCACGAGUGCUGCGGCGGAGAGACGCAAGGCGUCGGUCGGGUCAUCGAUGGCGUUCCCGAUUGCCUGAAGUACGCCCGGGAGGAGAUUCGCCAGGGUGCAGACUUUCUCAAGAUUAUGGGUGGCGGAGGAGUGGCCAGCCCGACAGACAAGAUCGAAAAUAUUCAGUUUUCGGACGAGGAAAUUAAGGCUAUCGUCACAGUCGCAUCAAACGCAGGCACAUACGUGACCACGCACGCCUACACACCCCAAGCUAUCCAGCAGGCGAUUAAACAAGGAGUACUGGGAGUUGAGCACGGCAACCUAAUUGACGAAGAAACCGCAAAGCUCAUGGCCGAGAAAGGAGUGUUUCUCACGCCGACCCUCAUCACUUACGCCACAAUGGCAAAAUUUGAGGGUUUCCUUCCUCCAGCCUCGGCAAAGAAGAAUAAGGAGGUGUUGGAGAAGGGAUUGCACGCUAUCAAGAUUGCCGCCGAAGCUGGCGUAACCAUUUGUUUUGGGACGGAUUUGCUUGGGCAAUUACAUUUUGCGCAGUCCCGAGAAUUUGGAUUGCGGAGUCAAGUUCAAAGUUCCCUAGAAGUCUUGCGUAGCGCUACGGUCAACGCUGCUCGAAUGCUCCGACAAGACAAGUUCUUAGGCCAGAUCUCUCCGGGAUUCGCAGCUGACCUGUUGAUCUUGAACGUGAAUCCCCUGGAAAACAUCACCGUUUUUGACGUACCCGAGGAACACGUACUAGCAACAAUCAAGGAUGGGCGUGUUCAUGCGUCGAGAUGGUCAAAGCUCAAGACCGAUCUACAUCGGACUGUCAAUAUUGCUUAG